AGUAUCUCAGAAGACAUCUCAGGUGGAUGAAUUAACUUCGCAAUGGCUGAACUCACAGUGGAGGAUGGUGGCUGUAUGGACUGGCAAAAACGGUGCCUUGCAUUGGAGUCCCAGCUCUUCAAAUUCCGCCUGCAGGCAGGCAAGAUCCGAGAGAUCUUAGCUGAGAAGAUGCAGGAAUUGGAGCAGAGAGUGAUAGAAGCAGAGCAAAGAGCUGAAGAUGCAGAGAAACAGAACAGAGUUAUGGAAGAGAAAAUAAAACUAGCCAACAUGAAGACCAGUGAAUCAGAGAGUACUCUGUACAGGAAGUACCAGGAGCUGAUGGGCACAAUGCAAGGAAAGGAAGUUCUGAUCAACAAAUUGGAGACACAGGUGGCAAAACAGAAACAGUUGAGGACUGAGGAAGCAAAAAUUGUUCAAGAGAAAGCUGCCAAGAUCAAAGAGUGGGUAACUUUUAAGCUGAGAGAGCUUGAGCUAGAAAAUUACCACCUGAAAAACUGUAAUCAGAGGUUGACGGAACAAAUUGAAGCCCUUCAGGAUACGUUGCAAGAUAUAACCAGCAUUCCUCAGUUUGAAUCUCUUUGGAGCUAUAAUUCUGUGGAGCCCAGAACACCACAGGCCUCUUUUCCUAAGAAAACAGAGCAGAAAUCUAUGCUCCUUGCACCUGGUUUCAAACAAGCUUGUCAGACAGGAUCUACAAAAUAUGUCCUAUCUGCAGCAGACUUAGUCCUGGCCAAGGACACUUUGGAUGGAGAGGAUCAGUCUCUGCUUUCGCAGAGCACGCUGCAACUCAUGGCUGACCCAUCGAGCUGGAAUCUCUCCACAGAGAAGGACAUAUUCUCUGCAAUAAACUCCAAACAUGGUUUAGGGUGCUCCCAUCCCACAUCACUGGACCCUCCGGCUGAGCCCACAAAAAUCCUUGAGUCUUUGACUUUCCAAACUUCUUUGGAGGGAAACCGUAGCUCUGUGAGCACCUUGAAACAAGUGACUUUGAGUAGAGCCAGCUCCUCUGAUGAACUGAGUGCCAGGUUCCGCUCCCACCGGCUGGACUCCACUUCCUCGGGAGAAAUACUGAGCAGCCUUGAGAGCCAUCUCCAGGCUGUCGAGACACCCCUGGUAGUGUCAGCAUCAUCUGUUUCGUCACAUCUUAUCUGUCCAGUGAGGGAACGUGGCCUUGGCAGUAGUAUGACCCUUCCGAAAACACGGGCUACCAGUACACCAAGAGACAGUAUCCAGCUAGCCAAGAGACAUUACAGUCAGCCCCAGCCAGGAGCUGGUUCUUUCCAUGGCAUAAUGAGCUUAGAGGCUGGCACCUUCCAGCCCAUAACAACUUCCCCAGUCUGCCAUGGGCAAGUAGAGGAGACGGACAUCGAUGAUGAUGAUGGGGUGCGGGAAGAGAUGGAGACAGAAGGUGGACAGGUGAGGGGAGAAGCUGGAACAUGUGAGGAGGUCAAGCACAUAUCUGCGGGACAGAAGGAAGCUGAGAGUUCUGAGGCUGAUGCACUCAAUCCAGGAGGCAAACCUCCCACGCCACCGCUGCACAGAUUCCCAUCAUGGGAGAGUCGCAUCUAUGCUGUGGCCAAAUCUGGCCUGAGGUUGUCUGAAGUGGCUGCAGUGAAUGAUGCUUCCAGCUGCUUUUCGAAUUUCUCACGUGCAGCUUCUGGGCCAUUUACCAGUCUCAUCUACAGAAACGUCACAGUGCCAGUCUACACAACGCUGAAGGGGAAAGCCACGCAGAUCAGCAACGUGCCCUUCUUAGAUGAGUCUUCAGGCUCUGAUGAUGACUGCAGCUCCCACGCCAGCUUCAGAGCUUCUAAUGCUGGAUCCGAGAACAGGAGAGCCAGCGUGCCGGGCAGCCCUCGUGCAGUGAAAAGAGGUGUUUCCAUGUCCUCACUGAGCUCCGAGAGUGACUACGCCAUCCCUCCUGAUGCCUAUUCCUUGGAUGGUGACUAUUCAGAGCCAGAGCAUAAGCUCCAGCGGACGUCUUCCUAUUCCACUGAUGGUGGGAUUUGCACUGAACCUAUGGAGAAGUCAGGUUACUUGCUGAAAAUGGGCAGCCAGGUGAAGAUGUGGAAGAGGCGAUGGUUUGUUCUGAGAAACAGGCAGUUCAUGUACUACAAGUCUCCGAGUGAUGUUAUCCGCAAGCCACAGGGGCAGAUGGAGCUGAACUCCUCAUGCCAAAUUGUCCGCGGUGAAGGGUCCCAAACAUUCCAGCUCGUGACAGAAAAGAGGACCUACUUCCUGACAGCAGACUCUCCCAACAUCCUGGAGGAGUGGAUUCAUGUCCUCCAGAGCAUCCUCAGAGUGCAGGUGACCAAUGCUGUUGAUGUUCCUCGUAGUGAUGCUAAACCUAUUGUGAAAGGUUGGUUAACCAAGGUCAAGCACGGCCAUUCUAAGCUGGUCUGGUGUGCACUGAUAGGGAAAACAUUUUACUACUAUCGAAAUCAUGAGGAUAAGUGUCCCCUAGGGCAUCUGUGUCUGCGCGGAUCCAAAGUGAAAGAGGUUGACCGUUCCUGUGACUCCGAUGAAGAUUACGAAGCCGCCGGUGGAGGCCUUCUCUCGUCCCACUGCACUCUGGUGAUUCACCCACAGGACCAGAGUCCCACCUACUUACUCAUUCGCACCAAACAGGAGAAGAAUACCUGGCUAUACCAUCUGACGGUAGCGGCUGGUAGCAGUAAUGCCGCUGUGGGCACGUCAUACGAACAACUCAUUGGAAAACUGCUGGAUGCAGAGGGAGACCCUAAUUCUCCUCUGUGGAAACACCCCAUGUUGUGCUACAGUAAAGAUGGGCUGCACACAUCCCUCACCACUCUCCCCUCCGAGGCUCUGCAGACUGAAGCUCUGAAGCUUUUCAAGUCGUGCCAGCUGUUCAUCAAUGUUCCUGUGGAGGCACCUUCUAUUGAUUACCACGUGUCGCUUGCCCAGACGGCGCUGCAGGUCUGCCUCACGCAUACAGAGCUGCAGAAUGAAAUUUACUGUCAGCUCGUUAAACAGACCAGCUGCCGACGGCCCCAGAACCACUCAGUCAUUCAGUGCUGGCAGCUCCUGGCUCUGUGUGCUCCUCUAUUCCUGCCUCAACAUCACUUCCUCUGGUACAUCAAACAGCACCUGCAGCGGCACGCAGACCCCAGGAGUGAAAUAGGCAAGUAUGCCAUCUACUGCCAGAGAUCCGUGGAGCGAACGGUGCACGCCGGCGAGCGGGAGGCCAGGCCUUCCCGGAUGGAGAUUGUGUCCAUCCUUUUGAGGAACCCCUACCACCACUCGCUGCCCUUCAGCAUCCCCGUGCACUUCAUGAAUGGAACCUACCAGGUUGUAGGUUUUGAUGGUUCCUCAACAGUUGAUGAAUUUAUCCAGCGGCUGAACCAAGAGACAGGAAUGAAGAAGCCGUCCCACAUGGGAUUUUCUCUCUUCACAGAUGAUCCUUCUGGCAGGGAUUUGGAGCACUGUCUGCAGGGCAACAUGAAGAUUUGUGAUGUUAUUUCUAAAUGGGAACAAGCCUUAAAAGAAUUGCACCCUGGGAAGUAUGAAGGUGGCACAAGAAUAGUCAAGCUGACCUAUAAGAACAGGCUGUAUUUUCGGAGCCAGGCUAAAGGUGAGACGGACCGGGAGCGGCUGCUGCUGGCCUUCCAAGUCAGCAGUGAAAUAGCCAGUGGAAGGUUUCCUGUUAAUAAGGAACUAGCUCUGGAAAUGGUGGCCCUGAUGGCUCAGGUGGAAUAUGGCGAUUUGGACCGACCAGUAUCUUCAAGUCCUGGGGGAACAUCACAAUCCAAAAUGCAGCAUCUUCUCCAUCAGGUCUUAGAUAAAUUCUAUCCCAAACGCUAUAAGCAAAGCAUUACCCCUGAGCAGCUCAGGCAAGUGACUGACAGGUUGGCGACGAAGUGGAUGAUGCUGCAGGGAUGCUCUCCACCUGAGUGUAUUCGCAUUUAUUUGACGGUGGCCCGGAAAUGGCCUCUCUUUGGAACCAAAAUGUUUGCUGCUAAGCCUAUUUUGCCUUCUUCCUUGGAGGACUGUCCAGUCUGGAUUGCUGUGAAUGAAGAUGGUAUCAGCAUACUGGACUAUAACAGCAUGCACUUGAAGCUCUCGUAUUCAUACUCUUCUGUGCUGACCUUUGGAGGCUGCCGAGAUGACUUCAUGAUUGUAGUCAGUCAAAUGAAAGAAAGGAGCUCUGGAAAACAGAGCACUGAAAAGCUCCUUUUCACAAUGGCAGUUCCAAAGAUUGUUGAAGCAACACUUCUCAUUGCCAGCUACAUUAACUACCGUGCAGCAGCCUCGCUCUCGUGCUCUGCACAGCCCUCCCAAAGUGCAGCUCCUGCUCCCUGGGAGACCGAAAGUCGGUGCUUUCACCCUUCCAUGCCCCGAAGCACGAAGGGUCCCACCCUGCUCUGAGGGCUCAUUCCAAAUGAUUUUGGGUGCUUUUUUUUUUUUUUUUUUUGUCUUUUUGCACUGCUCUGUACUGAAUUCAACUGCUGUGAUUUUGCUGAUUACCCACCUUGUUUCAAUACAGGCUCCAAUUUCUUCUCCAUAAUAAUACAUGAAAUUCCUUAGUGUAGAUAAAGGCAGGGUCCUUUCUUUUCAAAAAGCUUGACUUUGGAGCUCUGCAGGACUUUCCU